UGGAACGAAAUAUGAAGAUAUAUAUAUAUAUGUUGAAAGGACGAAUAUUCAAAAUCAUUUUUCUUUUUCAUUUUUAUUUUCAUCAUGGAAGCGGUAGAAGAACAUAAAAAAUCAUCACAAGAAAAACAAAAUGAAGAUAUAAAUGAUCAAAUAAAAGAUGAUGAUCAUGACAUAGUACCAUUGGACAAUGAUACCAUUGUACAAAUGCCAGAAUUAAUGGCAUCCGAUCGGACAUCAGCUGAUGAUGUAUUGACUACUAUUCAACGUCCUGCCAAAGGUAUAUCUAGAUCACCACGUACAAGAUCGUUAGCAAAUAUACUUGUUGAAGAAGAAAAAACAUCAUUACCACCACCUCAAGAUUCAUUAUUGUCACAUUUAUCUACACCAUCACGUAUCAGUCGUUCCUCCACUCAUCAACACUUAUUCACCCCUGAAUUCGAUCAUCCUUAUUAUUCAAGUGGUCUCCUUCCCACUGCUUCCAAAUUCAACUUUAAAAAAAAGAAAAAAUCAUCCAAAGAUUUAUCUAAAAUGACUCCAUCUAAACGUGGGAUUGGGAACAUUGUCACUAUCUUGGCCGUCAUUGCUGUAAUAUUAUUCCUAUUCGCUGGAUACCCUCUUACUAUUUAUAUCACGCGAAACAUUCACCAUUCAUCAGAAUAAAUAAAUAAAUAAAUAUAUAAAAAAAAAUGGAAGAGUAGA